UACCCAGUCCCUGGGUUACAGAGAAACAUGCUAGGAAUACAGAUUAUAGCUUUUAUAUUUUCUUUUUGUGGGUUAGCAGCCACGAUUGCUGCUACUGCAUCGAACGAGUGGAAAGUCACAAGCCGAGCAUCAUCUGUUAUCACUGCAACCUGGGUUUUCCAGGGUCUGUGGAUGAACUGCGCGGGCAACGCACUGGGUGCUUUUCACUGCAGACCUCACCUUACUAUCUUCAAAGUGGAAGGUUACAUCCAAGCCUGCAGAGGACUGAUGAUCUCCGCUGUCUGUCUGGGUUUCUUUGGUUCCAUUUUUGGACUGGUUGGGAUGAAGUGCACAAAAAUCGGCGGCUCUGAUCAAAAUAAAGCAAGAAUAGCUUGUUUAGCUGGACUGAUUUUCAUACUGUGUGGGCUGUGCUCCAUGACUGGUUGUUCCCUGUAUGCACACAGGAUCACGUCUGAGUUCUUUGAUCCUUCUUUUGUUGCACAGAAGUAUGAAUUAGGAGCAGCUUUAUUCAUUGGAUGGGCUGGAGCUUCACUCUGCAUCAUUGGUGGCAGUAUAUUCUGCUUCUCAAUAGCUGAGAACAGUAAAUCUCCAAGGAGAGCGUAUGCAUAUAAUGGAGCCGCAUCUGUGAUGUCAUCUCGUACAAAGAUCCACAACAGUGUCCCAGACAAAACCUCACCAAAGCACUUUGACAAGAACGCUUACGUUUAAGUGUACUUUUCUAAGAUCCAAAGCCAGUUUUAAAAAUGAGUUUGUAUGUUUCAUUCAGGGUGAUUUCCCCCCUCCCCAAAACACAAUGGAAUUACUACUAAGACAAUGAAUUUGUAAGGUGUUAUCUCGCAGCUUUUUUUCCACGUCGAUGUAAAUUUUGUUAUAUUUUAAGAUUGAUGUUUGUAUUAUAAAGUUUAUACCUGCAAAUCAUGCAUUGAUGCUGCUUUCUAAAAAAAAAAAAAAAAAGGAAUAAAAAUAAAGAGGGUAUUUACA